AUGUCCAACCCACUAGACACCGAUGCGGGCUCUGAGCUCUUCAGCAGCUACGAAACCGAACUCAAACUCCUCCAAGCGGACCUAAAUCAGAAACUCGACCAGAUUGCAGAGGCAAGCGGGGAACAAAGGAAGUCUGCGAUCAGCCAAGCCGAGCGCGCAAUGGACGAAGCUACAGAACUCCUCGACCAGAUGCGAAUGGAGAAGCAGAAUAUCCCCUCCGCCUCGCGCUCAAAAGUCAACAUGCGGUUCCGCAACUACGCCACCGAGCUGGACGAGUCGAAGCGCAAGCUCAAGUCGCUGUCGGAUGAUCGUAAGGCGCUGUUUGGGGAUCGGUACACGGAUGAUCCGCAGGAUGAGCAUUUGGAGCAGAGACAGCAGUUAUUGAGUGGGACGGAGCGGUUGGAGCGCAGUUCGGCGCGGUUGCAGAACAGUCAGCGGCUUGCGUUGGAGACGGAGGAUAUUGGGCGGAGUACGUUGGCGGAUUUGAAUCAGCAGCGGGAGAUGAUUGAGCAUACGCGGUCGGGGUUGCAGCAGAGUGAGGGCUAUGUUGAUACUAGUAUCAAGACGUUGAGGGGAAUGGCCCGUAGGUAA